AUGGGCAUGGGUCCAGAGGCGUGCCCAGCGUAUCAGAUACAUGUGUACCAGGCCUGGCGGCAAAGAGAAAGCGUGGUGGGGAGACACCGGCUAGGGACAACUGAACCAGCCAGGAGAGCGGAGCAGGGACUGGGCCACCAGCUGGUGGUGCGGGCUCCUGAGAAUGGGCUGGCCCAGUCCCAGGACUUGGUCCCAGCUGCAUUCACCUGUACCUGCCCCUUACUCCAUUUCUUCCUGGUCGUCUCCUCCAUGAGUCUCCUGGAGCGCCCUCUACCCAUCAUCACGGGAGCUCGCCAGGGGAAGCUCUGGGACCCAGCCUCUGGCCACCUCUACUGGAGCCAUUUGGGCAUUGGCAUUGGGCAUUGGCACAGUAGCAGCAGCAAUGGACUCAAACGGGACUCGGCACACAGGCCUGUGGAGAGUUUCCUCACCAAGGUCAUAACUUUCCCAAUGGCAGGUGGGCGGGUGGCCAUGUGCACAGUACACGGGAUCCCGGGCGCCUCCCAGAAUGGAGGAGCCAUAGACGUACCGUCCCCAGGUCCCCUAGAAGUGGACGGUGACUACACCCCCAAAGCUGCAGAGUGGGGGACUGACCACCACAGAGGGAUGCUCACCACAGGGACCACAUUCGGGGACCCUUCAGACCCACUUCAGAGGUGCUUGAAACCUCUGAUUUCGUGCUCCCUCUUGAAAGCUUUGGUCUGCAAGAAGAAUCCGGAUAGUACCACAGUGGCUGUGCAUGGUGAGGAGAUCUACUGCAUGUCCUGCUAUGGCAAGAACUAUGGGCCAACAGAAAAGAAAUAUGGGCCAAAAGAUUAUGGCUAUGGACAGGGCGCAGGCACACUGAGCACCAACAAGGGGGAGUCGCUGGGCAUCAAGAAAGAAGAGGCCCCAGGCCACAGGCCCACCACCAACCCCAAUGCAUCCCAGUUUGCCCAGAAAAUCAAUGGCUCGGAGCUCUGUCACUGUUGCAGCCAGGCUGUCUGUGCUGCUGAGAAGUUCAUUGGUGCUGGGAAGUCCUGGCAGAAGUCCUGCUUUCCAUGUGCCAAGUGUGGCAAAGGCCUCAAGUCAACCACCCUGGCGGACAAAGAUGGCGAGAUUUACUGCAAAGGAUGCUACACUAAAAACUUUGGGCCCAAAGGCUUUGGCUUUGGGCAAGGAGCUGGGGCCUUGGUCCACUCUGAGUGA